UCGAGGGCUCAGGGUGUAUGUUAUACAUGUACAGGAAACAGAAAGCGAGGCAGAGUGUGUGAGAGAGUGUGUGUCACACAUACAUUCAUUACUCAACAGGAGAGGGAGAGAGACCGAAAGCUGCUGUCAAACACAUUAUAAUGAUACUUUGUGCUGUGGAUUUAAAGGUGUUGGGAUUAUCAAAUCACUGGAUUGUAAAGCACAGGACGGAGCCUGAAGAUCAUGGAACAUGCAGGUGCUGUCUCAGCACUGGCUAACCAAUCACAGGACAGCAACUCCACUGUAUCAGAUUUGCCAGAGAGAUCCUCGGAGUACAGCGAUGCAGAGCUCGUGUUGCUGGGCGCAAUGGCUAUUCUGGUUCUGGCCAUAGUUUUUGGUAACGUGCUGGUGAUAACGGCCAUCCUGCGGUUUAAGAGGCUCCAGAAAAUCACUAACUUCUUCAUUGCUUCGCUGGCUGUGGCCGACCUCAUCAUGGGUUUGGUUGUGGUCCCCUUUGGCUCCAGCUACAUCCUGCUGGGAAAAUGGCAGUUUGGAAACUUCAUGUGUGACUUCUGGACCGCAACUGACGUGCUGUGUGUGACGGCCAGCAUCGAAACUCUGUGUGUGAUCGCUGUGGACCGAUAUCUCGCCAUCACCUCGCCUCUCCGAUACCCAACGCUAAUCACCAGGGGUCGGGCCUUUGCAGUGGUCCUCUGCGUUUGGGCGGUGGCCUCCCUCAUCUCCUUCCUGCCCAUCCAUCUGAAGCUGUCGAUGUCAUACGAUGAUGAAGCUAAGCGGUGCUUGGAGGACAAGUACUGCUGUGAUUUCAACACCAACGCAGCGUACGCGGUGUCUUCCUCGAUCGUGUCCUUCUACCUGCCGCUGGUGGUAAUGAUUUUCCUAUACGCCAGGGUCUUCCAGGAGGCGCAGAAACAGCUGGAGAAGAUUAGAGGGAGGGAGAGGCACUUUUCUCACUUGCAUUACGCUGUACAGCUGUCUUAUCCAGAAGAUAGUCCAGCAUUGAACAAACAAACAGGAACUCAGGAGGAAGAGGAGAGACUAAACAUGCAGAAAACAGGAGAUACAGACACAGGGAAGGGGGAACAUAUAGCAGAAAGCAGAGGAAGGACAGAAAAAGGUGAAGGAAAAUACUCUGCUGCAAAACGUCUUAAGUUCUGUUUGAAGGAGCACAAGGCUGUAAAAACUCUUGGGAUCAUCAUGGGAACCUUCACCUUGUGUUGGCUACCCUUCUUCAUCCUCAACAUCCUCAUGACCUUCCUCAGUUUAGGGGAUAUUAAGCUGCUCUUCAGACUCCUCAACUGGCUGGGAUACUCUAACUCGGCCUUCAACCCACUCAUCUACUGCCGCAGCCCCGACUUCAGGCACGCCUUCCAGGAGAUACUCUGUCUCAGGGGCAAAAGGGGGAGCAGGGGAGGGAGGAGAGGAUGGGGAUGGUGCAGGGACAGAGAUUGUUACACCAAGCCCCCAGGUAAGACGAAUGUGGGCUCAGACCUGAAUGGUGUCAGGGGGCUGGACCUUCAGCAGAGGUUGGAGUGGAAGGGCAGUUUGGACAGCUCUAUUCGGGACAGCUCGCUAAGUCUGGCUCCUCCUCCGACUCCUCGCCUGGACCAGGUUGUAGAGGUAGCUCCUGGUUCCCUGACAAACCGGCAGGCUAACAGCUCUGCUAACGGGAGUUGUAAGGAAAAUCUGGCUUCAAUUGAACUGAAGUCUUUACAUUGUGAAAGUCGAGUCGUGCUGUGAACAUCAGUUUGGUGGAGUUCAAAAUGUUUGUUUUGGUUUGACAAAGACUUGUUGUUUUUUUAGGCGGUAGCUUGAAGUGUUGCUAGCCAAUAUUAAUAUGUUUAUUCAGUCAGUGUUACAGAGGGUUAACGUGUGGUCACUGUUCUUUUUUUCAAAACAGCUACACAAGUAAACCAUGUUCAGCAGUAAUUGUCGGCAUUAAAAAUAGUCUGACUUAAAGCUGGAGGAAUGAAUGAAGAUUAAAACAGAUUUUUGUUAUCAAAAGCAUUCAGUAUUCAGACCCUGACUGAUAUUUUCAACAGAAACCAUCACAUUUGCAUUGCUGAAAACUAUGUUUGCCAGCAACAAAGGCACAAGCCACAAACCCACCAUGAAGCAGAGAUUAAAAAAAUAAAUGUUGUUUGCCCUGUAGCUAAACAGUCUUAUAUGAAACAGAGGGUCUCAGUUGAGGCUGACUCAUAAUAAAUAUCCCCCUGAGAUUUUUGUUUUCCAUUCCUUCCUGAUAAACCUCAGAGCAGGUCCAAAAUCAUUUGCUGGUGUAUAUUUGUGUGUAAGAUAAACAUCUGAGACCCAAACUUGUGACUAUCAUAACUUUCUUUCUUUGUGUUCGCUUUCUCCCAUUACAAAUUUGCAGGAACUAUUUUCUGCCUCUUUAUCGCUCCAAACAUCAGCAGCCACGCUUUGAUUUUCUCUGUCCCUCUAAUAACAUUGUAAUCGGUCAGAUAGGGGUGGGAAGAGGAUUUUCAGGCAGUUGGUUCUGUCUUGAUAACAAUUUCUGUCACAAUGCAAGGUAAUAACUUAUUUUUGACAUUACUCAAAAACAUAGUUGAAAUGAAGGUGUGUUUGAAUAGGUUUUAAUGUCAAAUAAUGAUCUAAUUAUAUUAAAGUAAUCAUUAGCAUAUACAUUUAGAUUGCAUUACACAUUACACAAGAGGACGAAUUACAUUUUGAAAUUAAUCUCCCUAACCCUGCUUUUAUGUGUAUGGAUGAUUGUAUAGAUGAAUUUACACCUGAACUGGGUAUUGAAGGUCAAUAAUUAGCAGUUGUUAGUAAAUAUGUUCUGUGUGUGUCUGUCUGUAUGUUUUGUGUACCUGUGAUGUGAUGAUUAACUAUUUGUGCGGAGCUUGAAAUGUGCCAUUGAAUAUUUUCAAUGUACUGUAAUGUGUCCACAGAUUAUUUGAAAGUUGGAAAAUACUUGUUUUUUAAUUUAAAAUUCAGUUAUUUAUCUGUGCCUCAAAAAGAACAGUUGUUUUAUUGUGCAAUUUGUAUUAUGUCUGUAAAUACAUGUGGAGUUUAAGCAGCACUGAAACUCGAGUUUACACUCAAAUUUUCAUUUUAUACUUUGUGUGUACUGAGACAUAACUGAAAAAUUGAAUGUAAAAACCAAAAGUAGGUUUGGGUGUGUAGUUGUGUACAAGAGGAACUUUUUUUAAUUUUCUACCUCCAUCAUACUCACAUCUCAUGUCGGUAAAUAUUUAUUCAUAACCUGUUGGAUCUUUUUGUGAAUAAAAAAAUGAAGUUUGA